AUGCGGCUUGCUCAUCUUCACAUCCCGAACAUCAUACCGUUUACACACGCCUCGCGUCUACAGCAAACCCUCGUAUCACGUCUGCUCGCCUAUAAGAAGAACCAGUCACCAUCAAACCCAGAAUCUACUACAUCGUCUAUCCCCGAUCCCACGAUCCUAACAUUCACCCCUCGACCGGUAUAUACCACCGGACGACGAGAUCUGCCUGCAUCAUGUUCUCCUAAUGACCAGCAAUUGAGCUCUUCCGCAGCUAAUGCGUCGAAUCUUGUCCUUCCAACCCCUCUCGAACCAAUUCGCCAUAUUUUGACCCCGAACUCCUCUCCAACCAAUGCGUCUGAACGUCUCGCGGAAUUCCAUCCCACCCUGCGUGGCGGGCAGACUACCUACCAUGGCCCCGGCCAACUAGUCAUAUAUACCAUCCUCGACCUCCGGGCUUUGCGAAUUGGUCCCAGGGCGCAUAUACGAUUACUUGAAGACAGUGUUCUCGAUGUACUAAAAGGAUUUGGUGUCAAGGGCGGAAUCACUACAGAGGACCCAGGGGUGUGGGUACAGCCGGCGACACCAAAGUUAGACGAGAUGGGCAGCCAGGGCAGUGGUAUUCCUCGCAAAAUUGCUGCCGUUGGUGUCCAUUUGCGGCGGUUCGUGAGUAGCUAUGGUGUUGGGUUCUGCGUUACCCAAGAACCGCUAUGGUAUCUCCGACAGAUCGUUGCGUGUGGGCUCGAAGGAAAAGAAGCCACCAGCCUUGAAGGCGUGGGCGUGGACGUUAAACAGCUUACGAUGGAAGAAGUCGGAACACGAUUCGUCCAGGCGUUUGUGGACAAGGUGAACUCGGGAGAGCCAAGUGACGGCCUCGGCCCGGGGAUUGAUGAGGUAUAUAGAAUACAAGAGGGGGACGUUCUCGACUGA